GUCUCUGAAAUAUUACUUUUUUUGCUAUAUACUUGAACCCUAAUUACUAAUCGUCCUGCAUAAAAAUUUAAUUUGAAUAAUUUUUAUUUUUGUUUAGCUCAUCAAGAAUUUGCUGCACCCGGCAAAUUCAAGGAGAAAUUUUGUAAGGGUCGUCUUUGUGCCAAUUGCGGCAAAUGCCGUGAUUGGCACUAUACUGGCGAUGCCUCAAGUUGGCGAUGGCUCCGCACUGCCAACAACAAUGGCUGGCGAGACUAUGACGUCAAGCGUUGGAGCAAUGGUAAAUAUUGGGAAAAAUUUGAACGUCGUACUGAUGGU